AUGCCUGCUGAGCGUGCUUUACAAGCUCUUCACGAAGAUUUUCUCGCUCGCAUAUCGAGGACACUGGAGGAAGCCCAACCUGCAGAACAAGCUGGAUUUUGCAAGGGACUUCGAGAAUUACCGAGGAAGCGGUUGAAAGCGUCGAGACAAUGCCAUACUGUCAGCGCCCAUCGACACAUCAUGUGUAAGGACAUUGGCCGACCGCUACAAGAACUGCUCUCUAACCGUGCAGCUUUUCCAUCGUCCCCUUAA